GAUGCUGCCCCUGCUUUUAAAAAUAAACAUGUUUUGGUUCUUCUGAGUUAUCAGAAGUAAGUUGCCUCUACAUAAUCACCCAUACCAGGGUAUGAUGAAGAGUCAGGUAGAGCUCCUUUAUGUCCUGAUCAUUAUGAGUGGAGGAUUUGCCCAAAGCCUGAAACCCCGCCGGAGCGUUUCCUUCUCAGGUGUUAACCUGAAGCUGUUUAAGAAGCCUGACUUUGAUGGUUUGAGCUCCCUGUUGGUGAGAAAGACAUCGGUCUGCUCUUCAUCGGAGCCAGAGGAAAGGUCAUGACGCUCCGUUUGGAUGACAUCACUGAAAAGACCAGUGAGAUUAACUGGAUGGUGACCUCUAGAGAAAAAGCUCUGUGUAAGGUGAAAGGCAGGAGCAUCGAGGAAUGUGACAACUACAUCACGAUGAUGCACACUCAGGAUGAUGGCAAAAUUCUGGUUUGUGGAACCAAAGCAUUCGACCCUACCUGCACACACCUGAUGUUUCAGGAAGGAAAAGUGACCAUGGAAGACAGUUUCCAGAAUGGCAGGGGGAAAAUUCCUUUUAAGCCCGAUGAAAAGUUUGCUUCCCUGAUGAAUGGAAACUCGUUGUAUACCGCUGGUUCUAUAAACUUCCUGGGAACAGAAACAUCUUUCCAAAGACAUGGGAAGCCUUCCCUGAGUACUGAACAAAUAUGGUCUUGGCUCAAUGAACCCACCAUGAUUUCCAUUAAGUUUGCUGAAAUCAGCAAACAUUCAAACAACAACGAGGACGACAGCGUCUUCUUGUUCCUCACAGAGAUCGAAAACAGAAAUCAACGCAACAAGUUGCGACUGUCAACAGUUGCACGAGUGUGUAAAAGUGACUUGGGAGGAUUGAGAAUUUUGCAGAAACAGUGGACUUCUUUUCUGAAAGCCCGUCUGGACUGCCCGUUUGGACAUGAAGGUUCAGAGUCUGUGGUGCAGGAUGUCUUUUUUCUCCAAGAUGAAAAUAACGUGACCGACAGCAUCUUCUAUGCAACAUUCACCUUGAGCUCGAAGCCGUCCAGUACCUGCAGUCAGUCUGCUGUCUGCGCCUACAAGCUGUCAGACAUCCAGCAAGUUUACAGGGGGAACGUUAUGUCCGCGACUGAUUCUGGCAGCUGGGUGAGGUACACAGGAACAAUAUUUAGCACUUACCCUGGUUCGUGUAUUAAUGAUGAAAUGCGAAAGGAAAAUGUAAGGACUUCUCAUGACAUCCCAGACUCGACCCUGAUGUUUGUGAAGGACCACCCUCUGAUGGAGCAAGCCGUGAAACCGAUCAGUGGGAGGCCCCUGCUGGUCCGGUCUAUGGUUCAGUUCUCAAGAAUUGUUGUUGACAAAGUAACAUCUCUGGAUGGACAGCAGCACAACAUCAUGUUUAUUAGCAACAACUCUGGUUGGCUGCAGAAGGCGGUGUGGUCUGGUGAUGAUGGAGGGCGAAUCAUUGAGGAGUUGCAGCUGUUUCAGGAUCCUCAGCCCAUUCGCUUCCUUCAGCUCUCCUCUAGAAGUGGUCAGCUGUACAGUGCAACUAGAACUGCUGUUGCUCAGCUCAGUGUGAGGGACUGCAGCCGCUACACAUCCUGUGCCGACUGCCUUACAGCCAGAGAUCCAUACUGUGGCUGGGACCGUCUCAGAGGCCUGUGUGCUGCUGUUGCUGGUGCUUCAAACCUCUCCAUGAUCCAGAACCUCACUGAUGGUGAUGUUGGAAUCUGCCCAAACUCUCAUUGCAAGUAUUCCCCACAUAAAGCUCUUACACACCUUUACCUUAGUGAGGAGAGUAGUAGGAGAAUUUUUAUGGCUGCUUUGGCUUCUCCCACAGGGUCAACGAAGAGUAUCGACAUCCACCUCACAGUUGACGUGGCACAGUUCCUCCCCUGCUCCCCUGACACCAAUCUCCCCAUCAGCUGGAGCUUCUCUGGUAACAUCCUUGAGCCCGGUCCCCGACACAUUCUGCUCAGCCAGGGACUCGUUUUAACACCUUCCUUCACUGAUGAAGGCCUUUACACCUGUGAGACAGUGGAAGUAGUUAAAGGCAGAGAGCACAGGAUGGCCGUGAUCUUGUACAACAUUAAGGUUUCAGAGGCUACUUCUUCCAGCUCUUCCAGGGGAACCCCAAGGCUAGCCAAAAGACAUGGUCCCUCCAGCGUGUCCUGGGUCUUCCCCGGGGCCUGCUCCCGAUGGGACGUGCCCGGACAGCUCACCAGGGAGGCUCCCAGGAGGCAUCCUGACCAGAUGCCCGAGCCACCUGAGCCGGCUCCUCUCGACGUGAAGGAGUAG